GCGUGCACAUAUUUGGCCCAGAUGAAAACCGGGCUGGAUGGCAGCCUCGGGGCCAGGGAUGCGGGAUCUCUUGGGAGAAACCGUGGCUCGCGUCUGAUGGACUUGCAUCUUCUCCUGACGAAGGUCAUUAAGUUAGGCAGCCCGACUGCCGACCGAGGGCCCAAGGCAUUGUGGGAGUCAUGAUUCCAAGAGGCCCGCGAUUUAAAAUUGAACUUGUCAGUUCCCGGUCACGGGAGCAUUGUGAGCGCCACAACUCAUUCAGCUGCAGUGAAAAGACUGUUGCAUGUCGCUGUGCAGCCUCUUAUCGCCGAGGUCUGGUUUCCGCUGCUGCUGCGCGGCCCCUCCCCCGCCAGCCCAGCCCCACCAGGAAGCCCGGGGCGGACUCGUCGAGCUCCCGGACGCACGCGGCGGCGAAAAAACGCUCUCCAACUUUCGGCCGCCCUCCCGCCCUCGCCCGGGCGGCACUGGCGCCCCUCAACCGAACAAAGUCCGCAAGGGGUGGUCGUUGCCGCUCGCGGGUCGGCGCCGGGAGCACAAGGAAGCCGGAGCCGGCGCUGGCGAGGUGCAUCCCCGCAGCCAACCGGUGGUAUCUUCCAUCUUACACGUUCAACAUUAUAACAGCCGAGCUAUAGUGCGAAUGGGACGCACCCCUACUACUUUCUGCUCCUUCGGACCAGCCAGGCGGACACAUAGGUUCUUUUUUUUAAAGAGGCCGGCGGAUGGGGCUUUUUGUAAGGAAGCCGGCAAGGUUAGGUUGAAGGUGAGAAUCAGAUCGGCAGAAAACGGUAAGGAUCUGAUGGGGCUGCCACUUUAAAAUGCACCACACCGUUUUUGAACCUGGAUGGCUCACAGGCGGGAAAAACAUCUGCAAGACUGCCAGUGUGUCUCUUCCUCAAGUAACAGGGUGUCCACAGUUUUGCAGUUCCUUAGUAAAACUGAUUGUCACACAAGCACAAACACUCCCACUGCAGCUUCCAGUCUAGCUUGUAAAUAUAUUUGGAAUGUAAAAUCCCCUUUCUUCCCAACUCUGCAUUACACGAUUUAUAGGAGGCAGAGACCCUUCUCUGAAAAUAAAAUACCAUUAUUUGAAAUAC